AUGUCGACCUCGAGCAAAAAGCGCUUCCCUAUCCCGCCAGGCGCGACGGCCUCGGUAAAGAUAAUCGACACAACCUCGCAUAUUGGCAAGCUUCCAGUCGACUUUCUUAUGGAACCUCCCGUGCCGGGCUUCCAGUACAUGCCCGACCUUCCCUCGUGGUCGUUCCUGGUCGAAUCCAGCACCACUGGUAAGAAAGCGCUUUUCGAUCUGGGUGUCCCGCCGGACUGGGAGACAUUCGCGCCCUCUGUCAGCGACCAGUUGAAGACCAGGGGGUGGGAGAUCCAUGCCGAGAAGCACACGAGUCAGAUCCUCGAGGAGAACGGCGUGGAUCUGAAAACGAUCGGAUCCAUCAUCUGGAGUCAUUGGCAUUGGGACCAUCUAGGCGAUCCAUCGACGUUCCCAGCAUCGACGCAGGUCGUGGUGGGACCGGGCUUCAAGGAGGCAUUCGCGCCCGGCUGGCCCUCCAAGGAGGAUUCGCCCGUCCGAGAGAGCGAUUUCAAAGACCGAACCCUCCACGAAAUCACUUUCACCGAGCCCGAGACGCUGCAGGUCGGCGACUUCCGUGCAUUGGACUUUUUCGGCGACGGAUCCUUCUACAUCCUCGACACGCCCGGCCACGCAGUAGGUCACGUCUGCGGCCUCGCACGCACGACGUCUGAUUCCGGCACCGACACGUUCAUCCUCAUGGGCGGUGAUCUGUGCCACCACGGCGGCGAGAUUCGACCCUCUGAAUAUAUGCCACUCCCACGGGAGAUCUCGCCCCACCCCCUCACGCGAGCGCUGCACCCGCCAUGUCCAGGGGCGGCAUUCGAAGAGCUCCAGACGUCGAGAAACCGAUCACCCACGAAGCCUUUCUUCGAUCCCGCGAUGGGGCUUGACAUUUCCGAGGCGAUCCGGUCCAUCGAAAAGGCCCAGAAGGCGGACGCGGACGGUAACGUGCUGUUCAUUUAUGCGCAUGACGCCUCGGUGAGGGGUGUGGCAGAAUUCUUCCCCAACGAAGCGAACGAGUGGCAGAAGAAAGGGUGGCGGGAGAAGAUGUUUUGGGCCUUUUUGGCGGAUUUUGAGGAGGUCGCGAAGAGUGUGAGUGGUUAG